AUGAUCCGACGCACCUUCUACCGUAUUACUCGCAUGGACUUCCAAAUACUCUAUGGGGCCUACGUCAGACCGCUCCUGGAGUACGCCAACCAAGUUGUCUACUCAGGACGUACGAAAGACGUUACCCUCAUUGAGCGUGUCCAGCGGGCCGCCACGAGAAUGGUUGCCGGCCUCAAGUCCGUGGACUACGAAACGCGUCUCGCGAUGCUUGAUCUCUUUCCCCUGGAGUACCGUCGCCUCCGAGGGGACCUAAUUCUUACUUACGCCCUGUUUGAACAAAGCUUGGCAAACAGGUCACCUGAUGAUCCACUUUUUGCAUUCCCUGAAUAUCCAGUAGGACAAAUAAUGCCCAAACAGAAUUCUUCGAUUCGGGUUUCUUGCUUGAAGUUUCAACCGUUAAUAUCCUACCUUUAUACGUUAGGCGUAAAACUGUUGGACACAUGUGUGACCCAAACUGCGCAAGACAAGUACGCGCAGCUGCGUAGCAGACUUGAUCAGCUUGGAUACAGCCAACCGCUUAGUGUUGAUUCCUUGGCACUGGUUGAUCGAUUGCUUUGUGAUCUGCUUCGUGUUACACAUAGCUUUCAACAGACUAGCGCCGAGCUGGAAUCCCAGCUAGAGUUACGUUCGGAUUUCGAUGAGUACAUUGCGUCUUACAAAGCCGAAAAUGGACGGCUAAUCCGACAGAACAACGAGUUGCACAAAAAAUUGCUUCAGUUAGAACAAGCUCAAGACAAGGAAAUUCAUGAUUUAAAGCUCGAAUUCCAGUGUGUUAAAUCUCAGAGAGAGGAUUCGAAAAUGUACAGCACCCAAUGCUUAGAGAAAGUUCGAAACCUUGAAAUGGAUGCCAAACGCAUGACGGAACAGAUACUCCUGCUUCAAGAAAAAGAUGCCAAAGCUGUAGUCUGCACUCCAGCAGGCAACAAGAAACUCCCUUUCCGUCAACAACGAAUGGAGAUUGAUUCACUCAUCCCGCAACCUGAACGAUGCAAAACGGAUCCGAAUUACUGUUGUUCCGUUGCACGGUACUGGGAUAGAAUGCAUUUUUCCUAUGAACCUGAGACACUGGACCUGCUGGAUUUGGCUUCUAAACGAUGUGAAGAUCUUGAAAAUCACCUAGCUCGACUAGAAAAAGAACUAGAACUCAGCGAAAAUAAUGUUGAGAAUCUUCAGCGCCAGAUCGAACUGCGUGAUUCCGAACUGGAACGACUGCAUUCACUAUCUGAGGUUGGCUGUCCUUUGAAAUCUCCUUCAAAAGACACCACCGUGCUUCCAACAGAUCGGUCACUUCAACAAUUACAAAUUCAGGUUGCUUCAUUACAGUCCCGUAAUGAACAACUGGAAGCUCGUCUAGUGAAUCAUACCCAUAUAUCAUCCAUUUCUUCCCCCUUGCUAUCCGGUGACCGAAUACGGUCACACGUAGAAGUAGGGACGCAGACCUCGACAGACUCCUUUAAAGUUCAAACUAAUUCUUCAUGUCAAACCGUAUCGGUGAGCUGCACAUGUACUCCAUGUCUAAAGGAAUCGUUCAAAGGCAUCGAGGACCUACUGAACAAAAUCCAGAGCGGUCGUUCCUAUCUUCUGCAACGCUUAGACAGACUUGAGAUACGAGAGCGAGACCUAAUAAAAGAAUUGUCGUCCCGCGUGAUGGAUCCACGUUUUGGGAGAUCAGAAGAUCAUCAUCGAACCAAUAUGGUUACCCUAAAUAGAGCACUUGAAAAGCGGCUCAGGGGAUUGGAGGACGAUUGCCGCCGCUGGCGAUCAGAUUCUCAAGCAGCUAUGGAUGCGUUUCGACGGCUGCUUGAGUCAGCAUUGAGCGGCCAGCUUUAUCAGACCCAUUCACCCCCGGUGCCGGAACCAAAAUCAACCCUGAUGCAACCUGGAUGUAAAUCUCGAGCCGUUCCUCGUCGUACCUUCAAAGGAAGGCGGGCCUUAACCCCACCAUGCGUCUCAUGCCCUUCGGCGAAACCUAGACGAUGUUUUUCAGCGGAUUUCCCAAGCAGGCGAGGCUACGCCAAUGAGGUCAAUAUUCUCAGACUAAAGCACAUGGUCCAUACACUCAGUUCGGAAUUGCAUUUCACUCAACAAGAACGAGAUGAUUAUCUUUAUUCGUUAGAGCGAACAAAACAUAUGCUUCGGAACUCCAUAAAGAGCUCGAAGUUUCCUCCCACAAGACCUAGAUCCGAUGAAAACUGGCGUUGUGAACCAAAUGAGAUCACGCAGUUGCGUCAAGAACGAGACAACCUCCGCUCACUGCUGGAUGGAAAACUGGGUUGUGAACCAAAUGAGAUCACGCAGUUGCGUCAAGAACGAGACAACCUCCGCUCACUGCUGGAUACAUUUGAGCGUCAAUUGUCUGAUAUUCAAAGCAAUAUCCGUGUACUUACACAAGAACGUAAUAAUCUUUGUGAACAGUUACAGCAGACUCAAUGUGAAUUAUCUCAGACUCGGGACCAACUUUUACGUUUGGAGGCUUUGAAUGACUGUCGCCAAUUUUCCACACAACCUACCACCCCUUCUUUUGGUGAGCCUCGAUCCUCAAAUAUCACACGAUCUAUUGUGCGCCAUUUGGAGAAAGAUCGGGAUCAUCUAGCUGAAGUGUUGCGCCAAAUGACCACAGAACGUGACUCACUUCAGGAUCGUUUGCACGACAUCACCACUCAGAAUCUGAAUGAGAAAGCUAAAUGGCUUCAACGCGUCGAGGAUACUGAACAAGAGCUGGACCGUCUAAGACAGAGAAGAGAAUCUGAUGCUCAUAGCUUAGCAGAUAUGAGCUGCCGGAUCAACUUGCUCGAAACGGAACGUCGUGAACUGCUGGAUCGUCUCGACGGGUUGGCGAAUACUCGUUCUAAGGAUGACCGAUUAGCCACUGCCGAACGGAAUCUUUGUACUGUGCAGACUAGACUGGACCAGGUGCAACAGGAAUGCGAAAAAUGGCGUGAUGAGGGAGUCAAAUUGCGCCGCAUCCUUCGACAGCUGGAUCAAGAGAAAGAUGCCAUUCAAGCGACAUUAGACAUGCGAACCGAGCAAUGUGAGACUCUGGAACGAGAACUGGCGAGGCUAACACGCCAGGCGAAUGAACACCAUAAAUCAAGUCAGACUUCUGAGUUGCGCGUACUUCGGCUGACUGAAUCGGUAGCUGAGCGAGAUGCCGAAUGCCGUCAGCUUGGUGAACGUACCGCCCUACUAGAGGUGGAGUUGAAUCAGACGAAGGAAGCGCGUGACGGAGUUGCACAGGAGUUGAAGCAAACAAAGUGUGAUUUGGAUGCAAUGAUCAGUGAGGUGAGAAACUUGACGAUGAAACUUCAUUGUGCCGCGGAAAAGGAAGUGGAACUUCAGAAACGUUUUGACACUUCUGCAUUGGAGUUGUGUAAACUGAAGGAAACAUGUUCCUGUGUGGAACAGGAGAGAAUUAGUAUACUAAACCAAUACAGAGACCUAACUGUUGAACUCGAUGAAAAAGCUGCCAUGAUAGCGCGGUUGGAAAACCGGCUUCAGGAUGCGCAGCACAUUUGUUCAGUGCGUGAACACGAACUUUCCUCACUGCGACAUCAGAACGAAGCAACACGGAAGGAUGUGGUAGAUUAUCAGAAGGCAACACGCGCGCUCGAAUCCCAGUGUUCACUGCUUACCCGAAACGCCUCGGAGUCGGAGGACAGGGUGAAACGGCUUCAGUUGGAAAACGAAGAAGUUCACCGGGAAUUGACCGAAGUGCGAGCGUUGUGCGACCGUCUAGAACGACAGGCUCAUACGGUCCAAAAUCAGUUGACUACCGGCAAUUUAGAAACCGAUCAGUUGCGGGCUCAUUUAGCCGAAACUGAACGGGAAAUCUCGAACCUUCGAAAACAGUUGAAUCACGAAAAGGAGGCAGUUCGAAAUUUGGAAUCUGCUUUAUCAACUAGCCGGGACAACGAACUGAAGGCACGAAAAGAAAUACAGAACUGCUAUGCAGAGCUUCAUUUCACACGUGAACGCAUGGAGAAUCGUAACAGUCGGCUUAUCGAAGCUGAUCGGGUGAUCGACAACCUACGCAAUCAACUCAGUUUGUUGCAACCUCCUGCGAUAGACGAUACACACAAUCGAAAAUUUACUGAAAGUCCUCAAAACGAGCCAACUGAGCUUAAUCGUUCACGCACAAACUCUACGCGAGCACCUGAACGAACCAAGUCAUUGAACUCUGAACAGCUUCAACCGGUUGUGGAUACCGGGAUGUCUAAUGCAGCUGCACCUUUGCAGCAAGUCUCUCCUGCUGAUUCGGUCCUAACGGAGUCAAAUCGGACUGGCGUGGAUCUUGUGAAACACAGCUCUCUGUCACCAUGCGGUCAGUCAAUGGCAACCCUCAAAGGUCCGAAUAAUGCUUGCGACGGUGGUCCACAUUUGAAGAUACAGUUGAUACCCGACGCCGAUUCCCCUCAAACGGAUUUCUCCUUCAACGAUCUACUACUACUACCCACCCCAACGGGGGAUGCUUCUCGCCCCGAAUCCUCGAACACAAUUUCAGACCAGCUUUUCAGUCCCCACAGCUGUAUCCUCACGGAUAAUGCCCUUUCCGAUUUAGUUGGCCUUUCCGACUAGCUUUGGUUCCAUCAUCCUUUUUUGUCUUUACGCUAUUUUCCCCGGUGAUUCAAACAAUGCCUACCUGCUAGACACCGGCGCUCUAUCUUUUCUUCACCAUGCCCCUUUUGCUUGUUACGCAACCGUAUCUAUUUCAUUCCCAGAUACAUACAGGGCUCUGUGUAAAACGUAUUUCUUCCGGUUUUAUUACUCCCACAACUUCAGUAUCACCUUAGAUUGAUGUGUCAAAUAUAUGCUAGGUUUAUUUCAGGUUUUCGUCUUUUCCUGUUUUUCUUUUUCCGUGCUCAAACGUUUUGCUAUUAUUAUUAUUAUUAUUAUUAUUAUCUUUUUCCUUAUUUCUGGAUAUCGAUUUCAAGUAUCCCGUGGUCUGUUGAUGAAAGUUGGUAACAUUUAACAUGCACAUGUUGUGCUUUUGCGCAGGGAGGAAAUAUUUUGCAUUCGCAUUUUUCCUUUUCUUUUAUAUUGAACUUUACGGUUAGAGAAAACGUCAAAUUGACCAAACUGUGUCGCGGGAUAUGGAGGGUACACGGCAUCACACAUCUCUGGUUGGGUUUGUGUCGGGUUGCCUACGGGACAAUUGCCAAUCGUUAUUCCAUGGUCGAUUAUUGCGCCUUCCCUUUCUCGUCCUUCUCGUUAAACUUGCCCACAGCUGUGUUAUGCGUCUGAUGAUUCAUCCGUUUUACUUGUGUCGUGAACUGUGUAAGACCGUGUGUGCAGCGAAUCCACACAAUUAUUCAACGGAAU